AUGUCCAUGAGAGACAAUCAGUCAGGGUUCUUUGUUAUAAACAAUAGAAACCAACUAUUUAAUCCAAAAGGAAGUGUGGAUUUGCAAGGCUACCAGCUGGAUAUGCAAAUACUACCUGACGGCCCAAAGAGUGAUGCGGACUUUUCAGAGAUUCUUAAUGCAAUACAAGAAAUGGCCAAGGAUGUCAAUAUUCUUUUUGAUGAAUUAGAAGCCGUCAAUAGUCCUUGCAAAGAUGAUGAUUCUCUCCUUCACCCUGGAAACCUGACCAGUACUUCAGAUGACACCAGCAGAUUGGAAGCUGGGGGAGAGACAGUACCAGAAAGAAACAAAUCAAAUGGACUUUACUUUAGAGACGGAAAGUGUCGAAUUGACUACAUUCUUGUGUACAGAAAAUCCAGUCCCCAGACCGAAAAGAGAGAAGUAUUUGAAAGAAAUAUUAGAGCAGAAGGAUUACAAAUGGAGAAAGAGUCCUCUCUAAUAAAUAGUGACAUUAUCUUUGUGAAGUUGCAUGCCCCAUGGGAAGUCCUUGGAAGAUAUGCAGAGCAAAUGAAUGUAAGAAUGCCUUUCAGGAGAAAAAUCUAUUACCUGCCCCGUCGGUACAAGUUCAUGAGCAGGAUCGAUAAACAGAUAAGCAGCUUUCGGAGAUGGUUACCCAAGAAGCCCAUGAGGCUGGACAAGGAGACAUUGCCAGACCUGGAGGAGAAUGACUGCUACACUGCCCCUUUCAGCCAGCAAAGGAUCCAUCACUUCAUCAUACACAACAAAGAGACUUUCUUCAACAAUGCCACAAGAAGUAGAAUUGUGCAUCAUAUUUUACAAAGAAUAAAGUAUGAAGAAGGAAAAAACAAAAUUGGUCUGAAUCGUUUGCUUACCAAUGGCUCCUAUGAAGCUGCAUUUCCCCUGCACGAGGGAAGUUACAGAAGUAAAAACUCCAUUCGAACCCAUGGAGCAGAAAACCACCGACAUCUACUCUAUGAAUGCUGGGCCUCCUGGGGCGUGUGGUAUAAAUAUCAGCCUUUGGAUCUUGUAAGGAGGUACUUUGGAGAGAAGAUCGGGCUGUAUUUUGCCUGGCUGGGCUGGUACACCGGCAUGCUCUUCCCAGCUGCCUUCAUUGGAUUGUUUGUCUUCUUGUACGGAGUCACCACCCUGGAUCACUGCCAAGUCAGUAAAGAAGUCUGCCAAGCUACAGAUAUCAUCAUGUGUCCUGUGUGUGAUAAAUACUGUCCAUUCAUGAGGCUGUCAGACAGCUGUGUUUAUGCCAAGGUAACCCACCUUUUUGACAAUGGAGCCACUGUCUUCUUUGCUGUUUUCAUGGCAGUCUGGGCGACAGUUUUCCUGGAGUUUUGGAAAAGACGGCGAGCGGUAAUUGCUUAUGACUGGGAUUUGAUUGACUGGGAAGAAGAGGAGGAAGAAAUACGACCCCAGUUUGAAGCCAAGUAUUCCAAGAAAGAGCGGAUGAAUCCCAUUUCGGGAAAGCCAGAACCUUAUCAAGCAUUUGCAGAUAAAUGCAGCAGACUUAUCGUUUCUGCAUCUGGAAUAUUUUUUAUGAUCUGUGUGGUGAUCGCUGCCGUGUUCGGGAUCGUCAUCUACCGGGUGGUGACUGUCAGCACUUUUGCUGCCUUUAAGUGGGCGUUAAUCAGGAAUAACUCUCAGGUUGCAACCACAGGGACUGCCGUGUGCAUCAACUUUUGUAUCAUUAUGUUGCUGAACGUGCUCUAUGAAAAAGUUGCACUGCUUCUGACGAAUUUAGAACAGCCUCGCACAGAGUCCGAGUGGGAGAACAGCUUCACCCUGAAAAUGUUUCUUUUUCAGUUUGUCAAUCUGAACAGCUCCACAUUUUACAUCGCGUUCUUCCUGGGAAGAUUUACAGGACACCCAGGUGCCUACUUGAGGCUGAUAAACAGGUGGAGACUAGAAGAGUGCCACCCUAGUGGAUGCCUUAUUGAUCUCUGUAUGCAAAUGGGUAUUAUAAUGGUGCUAAAGCAGACCUGGAAUAAUUUCAUGGAACUUGGCUACCCGUUAAUUCAGAAUUGGUGGACUAGAAGAAAAGUACGACAAGAACAUGGGCCUGAAAGAAAAAUAAGAUUCCCACAAUGGGAAAAGGACUACAACCUUCAGCCGAUGAAUGCCUACGGACUCUUCGAUGAAUACUUAGAAAUGAUUCUUCAGUUUGGAUUCACAACUAUCUUUGUGGCAGCUUUUCCCCUAGCACCACUUCUGGCCUUACUGAAUAACAUCAUUGAAAUUCGACUUGAUGCUUACAAAUUUGUCACGCAGUGGAGGAGGCCUUUAGCUUCAAGGGCCAAAGACAUAGGAAUUUGGUAUGGAAUUCUUGAAGGCAUUGGAAUUCUCUCUGUGAUUACAAAUGCAUUUGUCAUAGCGAUAACAUCUGACUUUAUCCCUCGCUUGGUGUAUGCUUAUAAAUAUGGACCUUGUGCAGGCCAAGGAGAAGCUGGGCAAAAGUGCAUGGUUGGCUAUGUGAAUGCCAGCUUGUCUGUGUUUAGAAUUUCUGACUUUGAGAACCGAUCUGAGCCUGAGUCUGACGGCAGUGAGUUCUCGGGAACUCCUCUCAAGUACUGCAGAUACCGGGACUACCGGGAACCUCCACACUCAGUGGUGCCCUAUGGCUACACACUGCAGUUCUGGCACGUCCUAGCAGCUCGGCUGGCUUUUAUCAUCGUGUUUGAGCACCUCGUGUUUUGUAUAAAGCACCUCAUUUCAUAUCUGAUCCCAGACCUCCCAAAAGAUCUAAGGGAUCGAAUGAGAAGAGAGAAGUACUUGAUUCAGGAGAUGAUGUAUGAAGCAGAACUGGAGCGUCUCCAGAAGGAACGAAAGGAGAGGAAGAAAAAUGGAAAAGCACAUCACAACGAGUGGCCGUGA